AUGGCGCAACUGUUUGUCGGCCAGCUCCCUUUCAGCAAGUUCUUCCCGGACGACCUGCUGGACCUCUUCCGGCCAUAUGGGAGCGUCAUUGCGCACCAACUGCACAUCCACCAAGGCAACGCCUUUGUCACCUAUGCCACAACGGAUGAGGCAGACCGCGCCAUCCAGGCGCUGCACAGCAAGUGCUCCCUCGGCACACGCAGCCAACCGAUCCAAGUGAUGUACUCGAAGGGGACGCGCCUCAUUUCGGCAUUUGGUCUGCACCACCGCUCCGUCUGCCUCUCCCGCAACAAGGAUCGCCAGCGGAGCAAGGAGGCGAGUGCGACAGCCGGUGGCGCCACAGAAAAUGACGCGCUGCUGAACGAGGUAUCCAACCUCAACUCCUCAUCCUCUAAGAACGUCAUUCUCACGCCACUGAUGUGCACAGCUGGUGGUGCUGGCAGCAAUGAAGAGCCGAACACGAGCUUUACCACGCUUUUCAGCAGCUACGGCGACCUUAGCGGAAAGAGCGAAAUCUCUGGUG